AUGGGCGAUGUGGGCGUCGAUGUUGGGCUCGUGACGGGGUUCGGCGUUCUGGUUGGGGGCGCGUUCGUGCUCCCCAGUGCCACUGCCCGCGAGAUCUGUGCGGAUCUGUGCAGCACGUGCGUCCCCGGCGAAGCUCAGAAGCAACGCUUCCUGCGAGCUCGCGGUGAGGUAGGGGUUCUCAAUGGCCAGUGCCGCCACAACGACCGGCAAAGCCACGCUGCCGCCACUGCCAGGCGUCGCAAGGCCUCCAUCGGUGUGGGGGCGCCGGCCGCUCUCCUCGAAAUCGUCGCUUUUGUGCGGGCGGCGAGGAGGACGUACUCCAAGAUCGCGGGCGCGCUACCCUCACCCCCACCUCUCUGCCACGAGGAUUCUGCAGCUGCUACCGGAUCUUGGAUGGCCUGCGCCACAGCAGGACAGCUGCCGGCUCGUGCGCUGGAAAAGGAUGUGCUCUUUGUGAUUGCGUCGGACACCACGGUUUGUCGUGGCACUUGUGCCAGCAUCAUCAUGGAAGAGUGGACGCUGGUCAAACUGCACAAAGCAGCUGAUCUAGUGCAACUCAAGCAGGCGACAUCCCAAGCUUUAGGAUUGGAGGACUCGCAAAGCUUGCAAUUCUACAUUGUGGAACGGGACGGUGCAGGCCGAUGUGCACGACUGGGGCUGCUCACCCAGACGUCAUCCCUUCAAGCUGUGCAGCUGACGUUGCCGAGUGAUGUUUUGCAGGUGGUCGAAUUGAUUUGUACCACCAGCGACCCGCCGGCUGUGUCGGAGGUACCAACUGCAGCGGCGCCAUUCCCACUGCCCGGCCCGUGCUUGCCUUUUGUGGGAACCACUUACCAGCUGUUGGGGCCAGAUCCUAUGCCAAUGUACAAUCUAGCCAGGAACGUUUUCCCUCCGAGGGCUUCGAAAUAUCCUUAUGGGUCUACUGUUGGGUCAUACAACGGUGGACGGAAGGAGGCAAUCGGUGACUUCCCACCUAACACCAUCUUCCACGAUGAUGCUCACACCGUGACGAUCUUGACUGCCAGCGCAAGCAUUGUUGAGGAGCUCAUUGCUCGCGUGCCAGAUUUCCCCAAGUUGUGGAACAGGCGAGUACAGAUUGGAUUGCAAGACUUCACCGAGAAUGGUUUGUUCACAAGCAGUGAAACCUCGGAGGAUUGGAAGGCGGCCCACAGUCUUCUCCCAAGAGGUUUCAACCAAAUCAAAAUCAAGAAUUUUGCGCCGCAGAUCUUGGCAAAGACCCGUGCCUUCAUUCGCGAAUGGUCGCAUUUCCGUGCUGGCCAACGUGUGGAGGGUGUCAAUGAUUGGCUGACCGCCAUGACGGCAGAUGCGGUCGUCACCUGCAGCAUGGGUUUUGACAUGCGCAAUGUAGAGCGGCUCGGAGCCAAACAGCCCCCGCAUAAGUUCGUAGAUAACUUCAGAAUUGGCUUGGGCGUGUCAACCGGCAGCAUCAACGCUUCCUCAGAAUAUGGACGGAAGCGGCACUUGCCUUUCUUCAAUGCAGCCGGGAGAUUGCAAGCAAAAUACAAGGCAGCAAAAUCGAACAUGCAAGAGCAAGUGGAACAGAUGGUUGAAGCAACCCGCGAAGGUGAAAUGGGAGGACAGAACUCGAUCAUCCGGGCCAUGCUCGAGGACCGCACUGGCGAUGGCAGACACAUCCGCUACGGUGCGCUCUAUGGCCAUGUGGUGAACUUGAUGAUUGCAGGCCAUGAGACGACAGCUGCAACCCUUGGAUUCACCAUGCAACUGCUGGCACAGCACCCCGAAUAUGAAGCCAGGGCCUUGCAAGAAGUGCGUGAGGUGCUGCAGGGAAAGACUGAACCAUCGGUAGACGAUGUGCCCAAACUGCAGUUUGUCGAGCAGUGCUUCCGAGAGGCUUUGCGCUUGUACAGUCCUGUGACCAGCUUGACUCGAGACGCUGCGCAUGACACCUUGCUGGGAGGCCACCGGGUUUACCAAGGGCAGCGCAUCGUGGUGGUCACCCGGGCACUCCAUACGAAUCCGGAAUAUUGGGGUGGGAAGUUUGGAGAUCCUUUAUCCUUUAAUCCUGAUCGCUUCUCGCCGGAUGCGGUGAAGGACAGACAUCCAAAUGCGUAUCACCCAUGGGGCUUCGCAACACGCUCCUGCAUUGGAAGCCAGUUUGCCCUGUUUGAGGCCAAAACGUUUCUUGCUUCCAUGCUUCUGCACUUCCGUCUCGAGGGCAUCCCAGGGUACGAGAUUGUGGCCAGCACCCACGCCGGCGGAGCAGCCCCUUCGCCCAAGGACUUGGCUUUCAUCGUCUACCCGCGUCCUGGAGGGCCACUUUGGUCGGACACUGGCCUAAUGCAGCCGCUUCCUGCGUUGGCGCUGACCCCUGACAGUCCGAAAGCCCAGCGCGGCCAGCCCGGCCAGCCUGGGACAAGCCUAGAAAGUACGAACGGCCACAAAGAGAUCGCAGAUGGUCCUGUCAUGAAGGUUCUUUAUGGAUCCAAUGCCGGCUCCAGUCAAGAAUUCGCGUCUCAGGUGGUGGCAGCAGCCGGCAAGGCUGGAUUCCAGGCUUCGUUAGAAACCCUGGAUGCUGCAGUUUCCAUGGGCUCGAUGGUGCCAGAUGGUCGAACGGUCAUCGUUGUCACAUCGACCUAUAACGGCCUGCCCCCAGACAAUGCCUGUCACUUCAAGGAAUGGUUGGUGAAGCAGACAGGCGGUGCCUUGAAUGGGCUGCAAUUUGCGGUGUUCGGCGUUGGAAACUCGCAGUGGCACACAUACCAGCAGUUUCCGCGAGAAGUGGAUGCUGGUUUGCAUUCCUGCGGGGGUACACGUAUCUGCGGCUUGGGGUCUUGUGAUGUGGAUAGUUCUUCCUUCGAUUCCGAUUUCGAAGACUGGCUUGCGAAUCUACUGCAGAGGAUUGGCGGAGCAUCUGGUGGAGCCAAUGUCGCCUCGGCCGAGGACGACUCUGGAAGGGACGAGUUCCUGCUGGAGAAUGGCCCCUUGGACAGUGUGACCGUGCAGGCCGAUGUGAAGAAUGGAGUCGCUGCCAUCAAUGCUGCCAUGCAAACUGCGGCCAAGUUGUCUGGCGAAGCCGCGCCUCCAACGCGAAACGUCUCCCUUGAAGUCGUUUUACCUAGCCGCGAGCUGUGCAAGAAGCCUGAUGCUCGAAGUGUUCGUCAUGUGACUCUGCGACUUCCUGAAGAUCAUCCAGGAUACCAGCCGGGGGACCACUUGGAAGUUCUGCCUCCAAAUGAUCCAGCGUUGGUGCAGAUGGUCCUCGACGUGUUGCAGCUAAGGGAGGACGCUGCAGUACGUUGGAACCUCAACCGGAUGCAGAAGAAAUGGCGUAAUGUAAAUCUGGGGAAAGAUGCGGGGUGGUGGGAGAAGCUGCCAUCGUUGCAUUUCACUGCAGGCUUGGUUCUGCAGUACUUUCCUGAUCUUGCAAGUCCACCUGGACGCAAAGCAUGCGCUGCUCUUGCACAGCUUGCAACAAAUCCGGUGGCCAGGGACGAGCUCGUCCUGCUUGGAAGUGAUGCUGAGCACCACAAACUGAAAGUAGCCUCUGUCGGUCUCUCACUGGCUGAGCUGAUUCACGGCUUCAAAGGCAGCCUCGAGUGUCAAAUUGGUGACAUCCUCGUGAUCGCCAAGCCGCUUGCACCGCGACGGUAUAGUGUGUCUUCAAAUCCGGAGAGCUUGCAGGACAAACGCUUCGUCACAGUCACUGUUGGGCAGGUGAAGUUUACGACCGGUACAGGUCGUGUUCAUCGUGGACUUGCGUCAACGCGUCUUGGAGACAUGGAGGUUGGUGAUGCCAUCCCCGGAAACGUCAAGACGAUGCAGUCGAAUUUCCACUUGCCUGAAGACCGCACAGCACCUAUCAUCAUGGUGGGGCCAGGGACUGGCCUGGCACCAAUGAUGGGCUUCCUGCAGCAGAGAGAAGCCUUGCUGAAGAAGGGCACCAAGGUUGGCCAUGCCACGCUUUUCUUCGGUUGCCGUGCCAGGGACGAAGACUAUCUGUACCAGGAGGACCUUGAGGGUCGGUACUUGAAAUCUGGUGCCCUCUCGACACUUCACGUCGCGUUCAGCCGGGAAUCGGGGCAAAAAGUUUAUGUGCAAGACAAGAUCUGGGAAGAGAGGGAUGCGGUCUGGAGACUUUUGCAAGAUCCGAAGUGCACCGUUUUUGUCUGUGGCGAUGCCCGUGCAAUGGCCCCAGAUGUGAAGCGUGCAUUCCAGAAGGUCGUGGAAAGUGGGGGCAAUAGCAGCUCUUCCGCAGCCAACAUGAUUGCUGCGAUGGUGCAGUCAGGCUUCGGGACGCUCCAAGCCUGUGACGCUUUUCAGGCAGACGCCACCUUGCAGGUGGAGCUGGCAGAGUUGCGGAAGAAGAUAACAGCGUUGGAAGCAGAUCGGUUUGAACCACCCGAGCUGGAAGAGCUGCAGGUGCUGUGCAGUACUCUGGAGUCGCAGAAGCGUGGAUUGGAGCAGGAAGUGAAGCGUCUGCAGGGAAGCUCUGCAGAGCUUGAAGCCCGAUUGGCAUCGUCUGCCACUAUACAGGAAAAAAUGCAGAGCCUUGUGGAGGAGAGCAGCGUCUUGGAAGAAGAUCUGGCGCUGGAGAGGGCCAACCAUGCCCGGCUGGCGGCAGAGGCGGAAGGAGAGCGGGCCAAAAAGGAAGAGUUGCGAAGGAGGCUGUGCGAAGUAGAGGACGAGAAUGCAGCGCUUCUAAAGAUGGUGGGCUCCCAGCAGGAGAGCAGCGUCUUGGAAGAAGAACUAGUGCUGGAGAGGGCCCGGCUGACGGCAGAGGCGGAAGAAGAGAAGGCCAAAAAGGAAGAGUUGCAAAGGAGGCUAUCUGAGCUAGAGGACGAGAAUGCAGCGCUUCUGAAGAUGAUGGGCUCUCAGCAGGCAGCUGCGCAGAAGGCAAAAUGUGCAACGGAAGACGCGGCGAAGACGCUUGAGUUGGAGCGCAAGUUGUCGGAGCUCGAGGACGAAAACGCAGCGUUGCUGAAGAUGAUGGGCUCGCAGCAGGCUGCUGUCCGCCAAGUAGCGGUCCUGACCGCCCAGAUAGAGGAGCUAAAGAGCCAAAAGCAGCAACAGUUCGAGGCCCAGCUCUCAGACCACUGCAUUCAACCGCGCCAGACCAUGCUCCUUUCCUUUGAUGUUCAGGCAGCCUCGGAUGAUCUUGCUGAGCAAUUAGCUGCAAAGGCAAUCCUCGAAGCUGAGGACGAGCUGCGAGACAAGGUGCCAGCUGAUCCUACAGAUGAGGCCUUCGAACUCCAAGCGCUUCAGGCGCUGGUGAACAGACUUCAGACCGAGCGGGACUAUCUUGUCCAGAAGGACCGGAGCCAGCAGGCUGAGCUUGAGGAGCUGCGUGGACAGGUCUCGGUGAAGCUUCAAGACGACGUGAUGGAGUCGGAGUGGAAGUCUAGGUGCGAGCGCUUGGAGGUACAGAUCAAAGCUGCAGACGCUGAUAUGGCGAAGCUUCGGCAGCAAGUGGCGCUGCAAGCCAGCAGGGAAAGGAAUGUGGAGGACUCUCUCCGCUUCGCGGGAAUCUCUUCCAGUCAGGAGCAGGUUCCGGAUCUCAGGUCGCCGCCGGAGGCUGGCACGUUCGGUGUACACAGAAGAGAGCGUGUGGGAAAGCACCGCUUUGGCGAGGAGGGCGGGCGAUAUGAGGUUGUGCACCAGUACCGGCCUCAGGCCAUCUGGUGCGGGCGAAUGGAAAUCAGUGCAAACCCAGGCAGGAAGACAAAAGAGUUCGUGGGAGGCCAGCUGCUGAUCGGAGCCCUUUGUGGCCGUUGGUCUGGCGUUUGCCGGGUGAAGCGCAUAAUGCUGGCUGUGUAUUUUGUCGUGUUCCCCUGUUUGGCCGGUGAUUCCAACCGCUGGGCCUCGAGGGACCUGCAGCGCAGCAACCGCUCCGCAUCUUUGCGAAGUGAGCAGUUGCUGUCACUUCAGAGAGAGCUGGAUGCCUUGGAGACGGCCAUGGAGGAAGCCAAAAGUGCUGCCACAAAGGAGGCCCAAAAGAGCAAAGAGGAAGAAGAGAGCUUCAGGGCCGCCGCAGCGGAAGACCUCAGCCGCUGCGAGCAGCAGCUGCGCGAGAAGAGCGAGCGAUGUCGGAACCUCGAGCUUGAGCUCAAGCAGGCAUCGUUGCAGCUGGAUGGGCCUGGCGUUUAUUUGCUCGCCAGUGAUGUCGACGUCUCCGAGGCGCUUGCUCGGAGCUCCCAGAAGCUGGGCCGGCUGCUGGCCGGCGAGGAGGUCCACGUCUUGGAGGUGGUGCACCGUAAAGCAGAAAAGCGAGUCCGAGGUCGAGUAGCAGCCAAGGGCCACAGUGGCUGGAUCUCGCUUAUGGAUACGUCUGAGGGCUAUCGCUGGGCACACCGGCAGCUGUCAGCCACGAACGAGUGGAUCAGUGAGUUGCUCGAGAAAAGCGCGCCCCUGGCUUGCGAGACGGAGCUCCGGGCUCGGUGCGCGGCCCUGGAGGCUGACGGAGACAUGAGAAGCACCGUGAACUCAUGUGGAGGGUAA